AGAGCCUGUCGUCCUUUGGGGAGCUGCCGUAGCUUCCCCUCGUGUAAAAUGAUGCUGGGUAGGCGGGAAGGAGCAUCGGACUGCAAUGAGCUGAUUGGAUACAAGGUGAUGCCAUCACACAUCGUCCCUCGCGUGACUCUCGGGAUAUAAAGGCAAGACCACCUUCCAAACAAGCAGGUUCCUAGAUCACAGAUAAAUUCUCUUGCUUCGUCUUGAAUCAACAGUUCUACACACUAAAAAUCCUGCUAUCACAAUCCCCUUUUCUCUUACGCAAUAUUUCACUCAUACACAACCAUCCCCUCAUCUCAACUCAUCUGAGUCCCAACCCUCUGAGUCCUUGACAACCUACCUACUCGGAGACUCGACACCACCUCUUUCAAUUCCACGCCAGCUCACGCAUCCUAACUCGACCGCGUGUUAUCGAAUCGCCUGGAGCCAGUUCUGAAAUAUCUCCAUUGUUCACAAUGACCCGAUCUCACAAGGCCAACGACCGUGACCACAAGGGUAUUGCCGAGGGAACCGCACUCCCCACGGAAACUGUCCCUCGUUUCUUUGGUAAGAACGGUUUUGCCGAUGUCGACCCAAAGAAGGUGAAGAAAGACGGCUCUGGUCGAGGCAACUGGGGAACCGUCAACGACGACAUCGCUGACGAACAAUUCACCUUCACAAACACCAGACGCCGCUCCAACAGCAGCAGCUUCUCUCACCACGUGAGCGACCUCAAGACCAAGUUUGAGGUCAAUGAGCCCGAGCCGGUCUUCGAGGAGUCACUUCAUGGCCCUGAGGAAGAAGACCAGGAGGAUCUCUCGAAGACCGACUCUUCCGAGAGCGGUCGGUCCUCAUCCUAAUCAGAUUAUCAAGUCCUUACCAAGAGAUUGGUAGUCACUGCUUGCUGUCAUAUAUACGAUGGCAGGGGCAUCUUUGAGGGUUCACAUGUAUUGGAAUUGCGACGCGAGCUUGAUCUUUGCUUUACAACUACGAAACGACACGAGACUAAACGAAUGAAAUAACAGAAACCAAACUGCCUUGUGGUGGGGUCACCGGAUGAAAUGUCUUGGGGAAUAUGGAAAGGGAUAUCGGCGGAAUUGUUGAAACCCUCGUGACUUACUCAGAUCUCUACGUGGAUCAUGCAUGGCUUGAUGACCGCCUGCGAAAGUAGUCUUUUCCAGCGGAACGAUGUAUUACUGUAUAACUAUCCUACCUUUCGCACCGAAGCGAACAACAAGGCUGCUUGUGGCCGAAAUUAGGCACAGUUAAUAUUACCAGAUGCCUUUUCAA